AUGGAUGAAGAUGAGAAGGACAGGGCAAAGAGGGCGUCACGCAACAAAUCUGAAAAGAAGAGGAGAGACCAGUUCAAUGUCCUCAUUAAAGAGCUUUGCACGAUGCUGCAGGGCCAUGGCCACCCUCUCAAGAUGGACAAGUCCACAAUACUGCAGAGGACCAUCGACUUCUUACAGAAACAGAAAGAAAUCACAGCACAGACAGAAGCCUGUGAGAUUAGACAAGACUGGAAGCCUUCAUUUCUUAGCAACGAGGAGUUCACCCAGUUGAUGUUAGAGGCACUAGAUGGCUUUCUCAUUGCUCUUACCACUGAUGGGAUUAUUAUUUAUGUAUCUGAUAGUGUUUCAUCUCUGCUUGGACACUUACCGUCAGAUUUGGUGGACCAAAAUAUAUUAAACUUUCUGCCUGAGCGGGAGCAGAGCGAGGUGUACAAGCUCCUUUCUCCACGUGUGCUCAUGACAGAUCCUGUUGCAGCUGAUUUUCUAAACGUGGAAAAACAAAUAGAGUUUUGCUGCCAUUUAGCAAGAGGCAGCUUAGAUCCAAAUGAACCCCUGAUGUAUGAAUAUGUGAAAUUUGUAGUGGAUUUUAAAUACUUUACUCAUGUGCCUACACCCUCCUGUAAUGGCUUUGAGUCAGCUAUUGCACGAGCUUUCAGGUCAGCCACGGAGGAGCAGAUUUGCCUCGUAGCAACUGUUCGUCUUGUCACACCGCAGUUCUUAAAGGAGCUCUGCAAUGUUGAAGAGCCAUGUGAAGAAUUUACAUCGAGGCAUAGUUUGGAAUGGAAGUUUUUAUUCUUGGACCACAGGGCUCCACCUAUUAUAGGAUAUUUACCCUUUGAGGUUCUGGGAACGUCAGGGUAUGAUUACUACCACGCGGAUGACCUGGAGCUUCUUGCUAGGUGCCAUGAACACUUGAUGCAGUUUGGAAAAGGAAAGUCCUGUUACUAUCGGUUCCUGACCAAAGGCCAGCAGUGGAUAUGGCUGCAGACACACUACUACAUCACCUACCACCAGUGGAAUUCCAAACCCGAGUUUAUCGUUUGCACUCACCUGGUAGUUAGUUACGCGGAAGUUCGAGCUGAAAGAAGGCGAGAUCUUGGCCUUGAAGAGUCGUCGAUUGAACUGGCAUCCUCUUCUCUAAAGAGCCACAGCACCUACCUGGACGUGGGGCACUGUGGCAGCAGCCAGGACCCCAGCUGGGAGGGACUGUCACUGUCAUCCCACAGCUCCCGGCGCUCCUCGCACACCGCCCUCUCCGACUCCGCGUCCACGUCAUCCAUGCGACACACAGACACCAGCACGCCCAGCCGGCCGUCGGCACCAGCGGAGAAGGCGGCCCCGGGGCUGGGACCGGUCUGUUCUCCGCAGCCAGUGUACCACUUCCCGACCCAGCUGGGGAUGAUGCAUCAGCUGAAAGAGCAGCUGGAGGAGAGGACUCGCAUCCUGCAAGCUGACAUCAAGACGCAGCAAGAAGAGCUCCACGUCAUCAAGGAGCAGCUCCAGCUGGUGCAGGACUCCAACCUGCAGAUGCUGAUGCAGCAGCCGAUCCCGGGGACGAGGCCCUACGGCAGCCCCCCCCUGCCGGCCCCACGCCAGUUCCUCAGGGACCCCUGCGGCACGGCCGCCCAGGUGCAGCAGCAGCAGCACCUAAUGAGAGGUAACCAAGCCCAGCAAACGUGUCUGCCGGGGCAGACGAGCAUUUCAGUGCCCCUCUACAACAACCCCAUGGUGUUUUCGCAAGCGCAUCCCAUCACAGUGGCUGCACAGAUGCCGACUGAUGGCAGCGAAAGGCAACCGCAGUCUGACUACAGCCAGGACAGGAGCCUCAGAAUGCUGUUGGAUCAGUCUAUCCAAGCCAUGAUGCCUGCCACCAACAGCAGCGGCCAGUCCACGCAGAGCAGUGCCGGCAGGCAGCAAGGAAAAUUCGUUGCUGAGCAGCAGAUCUUGCCUACCCCAAGACACAUGCAACCGGUUACCUGUAGCACCAUCCGACCUCCAGCCUCGUCGCCCGUUUUCUCCCCGUCUCUGAUGAUCCCACACGCCAGCUUCACAUCCCACCAGGCAAACACACCGGUUCCAAGUGGACCUAUACCACAGGUUCAGUGGCAUCGUCUCUACCUUCAGAUGCAAGGUGCCGAGCCGGUGGCCGGAGCUCCAACGCAGCGCGUUUUCCAGCCCCAGCCUGCACAGCAGCAGAACCCC